CUCAAAUAAAAAAGUAUCCGUCCCUUGUUCCUUUCUUUGUUUCUUUCUUUCUCUCUCUCUCUCUAUCUCAAAUAUGAAAUCCAUGGCCGCUCAUCUUCUAACUCCCUCUUUCCUUCUUUCUAGAACCACAACAACAACAGCCACACUUCCCCUCAGUUGUUCCCGGAGAACUCAUUCUCUCAAAUUCCCUCUCCUCCACACCUCCUCCUCCUCUUCCCGCAACUCAUCAUCCAUCCGCUCAUCUUUCACCUUCUCCGGCGACUCCGACGACAAAUUAAACGGACCUCCCUCCCAAAUCACCGACGAAUGGGGAGAGAAGUCCGGUCCUGAACCUGACUCCUCCACCACUAAGCUACCAGAGACUGACCCACCUAUAAACGAAGACGAGUGGCAAUCUUCCGCUAAUGACAAUUCCUCCUCAUCGGAGGAAACUCGCUCGGGAGUUGUCGACGAAUGGGGAGAGAUAGCUGUGCUUGAAACAGAACCCUCCACCAAGCUUCCUAGUACCGAUCCUACAUUAAAUGAGGACGAGUGGGGAGACGACAGUACUGUUCCUCCUGCCGCCGCCGACAAUGACCUAAAAGAAGAUGAAACCAAAAAGGCCAAGCUGCUGCUUGAGGAGCUAAAGAGAUGUUUAGUGGAUACCCUUUACGGGGUGGAUUUAGGUUUCCGGGCUUCAGCAGAGGUUAGAGCAGAAGCGUCGGAGCUUAUUAGUCAGUUAGAGGCGGCCAAUCCAACUCCGGCACCGUCCGAGUCACCGGAGUUACUUGAUGGCAACUGGGUAUUACUGUACACAGCUUUUUCUGAGCUCUUGCCUAUACUGGCAGCUGGUAGUACUCCUUUAUUGAAAGUUGACAAGAUAUCUCAACUAAUUAACACAAAUAACCUCACUAUUGAAAACUCGGUUACAUUCUCCAAUCCAUUUGUUAGUCUUUCCUUCAGUGCUACAGCCAACUUUGAUAUCCGCUCUCCAUCAAGAAUCCAGGUUGAAUUCAAGGAAGGAGUGUUUAAGCCACCAGAGAUAAAGACAAAAGUUGAUGUCCCAGAGAAUGUAGAUAUAUUUGGACAAAAGAUAAGCUUAUUACCAUUGCAACAGUCUUCAAUUAUUGGUCCUCUUCAGGAGGCUGUUGCUGGCAUUGCUCGGGCAAUCUCUGGUCAGCCGCCCAUCAAGGUUCAAAUCCCUGGUGGCCAGCGGUCCGAAUCUUGGCUUCUCACCACUUAUUUGGAUAACGAUUUCCGCAUCUCUAGAGGGGAUGGUGGUAUUUUCGUACUAGCCAAGGAAGGUAGCCCCCUUCUAGAUAUCUAGUCACCUACCCUUUCAUCACUAUAAUUUGUACUAAUUUCAUCACUAUACAAGUAAAGAGAUAUUUGUAAAUCGCCUUACUUUCUCAUAUCCUUUUCAUUUCAAUCAAAUGUCAAAAUGAUGUAGCCUAUACCAAAAAUAUCCUAUGCAGAUAAGUGUCUUAAAAUGCAUGGAAUCAAUGAAAGUUUUUCAUGAGAAUCA